AUGGUGGACCCGUGGCAGUUUGAAAAGGAAAACCCACAACCAAGAAUUGAACAAUUGGCAGCAUACUUUCCGUGGCCUACUUUGUUUACAACGUUCUGUUUUCCAAACGUUGAAGGUUUCUUCUCAAUCUGGGACAGCAUGGGGGACUCAGGUGCUCUCAUUCUUGCCUUCCCUUAUUCUUCAGACUUACCCAAUGAAGCCAAUCAGGGGAAUCCCAUGCUUGCUCUUGGGGAGUCGAUUUCUUUCGGGAGGUUUAUGUCGGAAUCUUUGUCGUGGGAAAAAUGGUCGACAUUUUCUCACAAGAAAUACGUCGAAGAGGCUGAGAGAUAUUCACAGCCUGGAUCAGUAGCCCAGAAGAAGGCUUUUUUUGAGGCUCAUUACAAGAGAAUUGCCGCUCAAAAGGCAGCCGCAUUGUUGGAACAAGAAAACUCUGUUGAUGAGCAAAAGAUCCCAGAUGCAAAAGUACAGGAUCAUAACAAAGAUGUUGAAAAGUUUGAAUCAAACGAAGUGGAAAGUGUCAAGGUGGAACAAACCGCCCCGGUGACAGAAAAAGAAGUCUUGAUGGAGACUCCUGUGAAGAAAAUUUCGAUGAAUCAGGUUCAUAAUCUUGAAAACAAUGACACAAUUUCUGAAUCAGAGACUAAUGAUAUACCGAAGGCAGACAUAUCUUUGUUGAAGGUGAUUGAAAUUGACAAGCAGAAUUCAUUUGCCGAAUGGGAAAGGCAAUCAGUGACCAGCAAGAAAAGAUCAGCUCUUUUUUCAUUGAAGUCAUGGUUUCACUGCAAAACAUCUAAAGGACCUCCAUCAGAGAAAAGCCCCUCCAAGUCCUUGGUUGCUCGUCAAGAAAGAGUUACCGAUAGACAAGAGAAACCCAAGGACAAAUUCAAUGCCGAGGAGAUGCCAAAGGAGGAAACCAGAAGAAUAUUUAGAAAAGCACAUCAUAUCUUUUGCUUCAAACCUUGAUUUUCUACAUGGAAUGAGAAACAUCAACUCUUAAGAUGAAAAAGAGUCCCAUGGCAGAAACUCAGUCAGCGUACUAGGAAGAACCCGUUGAAGCAAGGCACAUAGCACUAUUUCAGUGCCGCCUUCACCUUCAUCCUUGCUAAAUACAAUCCCUCCGGCCCCUCAAAAUAAUAUUUCUACCAUCAGAAUACAUGUAUUUUCUUUAUAUUAUACUAUUAGCAGGCAGUCGACUUCCUGGACGAGGUUUGUUGGUAUUUAAGUACUGGUUAAAGAAUGUGGAAAAGAGUACAGUCUACUGUAUGAGUUUAGGUAUGUGGAACUUGUAGAAACAAAUUUGAAGUUUAUAUAUCAGUUUCUGCAGUUUGAAGUUAACUGUAUAAUCAUUUUUUA